AUGGGUCAACCCAUUUCUGUCGAAAAUCCCAUUCACACACACACGUCCAUCGGAGGUGCUUCCUUCGAAAUUCCUUCUCUCGAUGUUGAAAAGGUGAAUUCUAACCACCAUCGAAAGAGUUUAAAUUUUUCCGAAAUUAUUCAACAACAACGAGAAUCACCCAAGUUAAUCACCACUCCAAAAACAUCUCCGAAAAUAAGCGGAGCACAACACCAAGAACAUGUAUCCGAUGAAAAAGAGAUGAAACAACAAGAAACAACCUUGUUGGAAGAAGGAACAGCAACGUCGAAGGACAUGUCACUUGUCACACACGGAGAAGAACGGAAUGCAUGGUCUCGAUUGGAAAAACGAACGCCAAGUAUCAUUCAACAAAAACAUUUUUCCAUUUCUGCCGUGGAAUAUCAUCGGUCUUCUUCGAGAAGAAGUGGUGACCAUUCCUUGUUGUUGUCGUCGUCGUCUUCUUCGCCAACCAAUUCUUCAACUUGUCAUGCAUUUAAUACAUCUGACAAGAAAAAGGAACAUCAACGAUCAAGUUCAAGUCCAAGAAAUUUAUUGAAUUCCUUUGGAAAUGAAGGUGUGAAUUCAGAAACUACACAUUCGAAUGCAAAUCGUUCUUCACAAAAUAUUGAGAUCACACUUGGUCGACACAACAAACCGAAAAAUGCACAUGUGAGACCUUUGUCGAUUUCCACACUUGACAAUUUAGGAUUUAAUGGAAUUAACAAAAUAUUGCAAGAUAAAUUAUUGUUGCAACAAUUUAGAAAUUACACAAAAAUUGAAUACUCGGAGGAGAAUUUAGAUAUUUUCUUAUUGGCGAAUCAAUUGUUGGAGGAAUGCAAGAAAUUUCUGGAAGAAGAUGAAAAUCAUCACUUGAAUUCAAGUGGAUUUAAUACGUCCGUCACUUCUAGAAAGAAUCAACACACCAAUCAACAAAAAAUUGAAGAAAAAAACAAACAACAACAAUACAAGAUUCUUCAAUCUCAUUUCUCAUUCGAAGAAAAGAUUUUGAAAAAGUUGGAAAAACAAUUGGAACAAAUUUUUGAAAAGAUGCAAAAAAUUCACUCAGAAAAACGAAAAUCUUUAAUGAAGAGUCGACGAAAGAAUAGUGAAUUUUUUGGAAUUGAUCGAAACAUGUUUAAACAACAAGCACAUUCGGCAGGUGUUUUUGAAGCAAGUCAUAGUUUGUUUGAUGAUGAGGAUGUCUUUUCAUCAUCCUUGUCGUUUGGUAGUUCUGGCUCGAGUAGUUUAGAUGGACUGAAUGUGACACACAAACUCAAGAAUCAAAUUGAGAAAAUUAGGGCACAUAAUUUACAACAACAGCAAUGGUUGGCUUCGAAGAGAGUUUCGAAACGAAUGAGUUUAAAAUUUUUCACUCAUCACUCGAACCAUAGCAACAACCAAUCCACGAGCACUUCCGCAAAUGCUGUUGUGAAUUCCUCUCACCAUGUGCCAACAUCUCUCAUGGAUCACAACACCACUUUGAAUCAGGAAACGCUCGCUCAACUGUCGACCUUGAUUCAAGAAAUGGAAUCUGGAAAUUCGAAUGCUAUGAAUAACAAUAGUCCACAAUCACCCAUUCUCUCUGCAUUGGUGGCUAUGGAAGAACCAACUCCUCAAAUUCAGAUUGUUCAAUUUUUGGAAGACCUUCGAUUUGAAAUGUUCAUGAAUUUGAAAGAUACUUAUAUUCGAUUUUGUCAACAGAAUAAACUGGUCUUGAGGUAG